AUGGCACCAGAUGAAGACAAAGAUGCUGUGAAGAAACUUAUGAGCUGGACACAAAAAUUCAGAAAAGACAAGGGCUAUCUCUUUUAUACUCCAAUAUCACUGCAACAAGCAAUCACAACCGCUGACCAGCCAGCUACUGGGCCAGUUUGGGCCAGUAGGACAAUCCUGCCAGCUCCGAAGGAUGAUUGUAUCAUCACUGCUAUCACUGAGGCAAUUUAUGAUCUUGAUGAUGGCUCUUGCGCAGACUUAGUUGCUACAUUAGCUGAUGUCCAGGUACAGUGGAGCGGGUUUCGAUCCGGAGUUGGUAGACACGAGAAAGAGCCAACCAUUAGUGAGGAGGACAAGUACAAAGGUCUCAUGAAAGAUACACGGUCCAAAACAACCAUUAUAUACGCUCAUGGGGGGCUCAACUACUCUGGAGGACCAGCUUCUGUACGUGCAGUUACAUCAACUCUAGCAAAACUUACCAAAGGCCGCUGUCUUGUUCUUGAACAACGACUGGCCCCUCAGGACCCUUUCCCUGCACCUUUAAUCGACCUUUUGGUAGCAUACCUAUCACUUCUCUACCCACCCGAGGAUGCUUUUCACGAAGCAACCACGCCUGAGAAUAUUGUCAUCGCUGGAGAAAGCAGCGGAGGUAACCUAUGUCUCAGUUUUCUCCUUUUGCUUCAACAUUUCCAACAGAGGAAAACCCGCAUCAACUUCCAUGGCAAUUGUGUGUCGAUCCCAUAUCCUGCAGGUUUUGCGACUUUCUGUGCUCAAGGUGAUGCCACGAUGUCUUUUCCAUCAUACGCGCGGAAUAAAAACUACGAUAUAAUAGACGACGUUCAUCCAACACUCAGCGAUAUUAUAACGCCGGAUUCCAUCUGGCCUAGUACGCCUCCGAGAUCGCAUAUUUACUCCCCUACGACGAACCUAAUAACACAUCCUUUGGUCAGCCCAGUCUCCUCCAAGUCAUGGCCUUCCAUCAAGCCACCGCCGAUGUUUUUUGCCUAUGGCCAAGAGCGUAUGCUUGACGAAGGUAGGUUCAUGGCCAAGCAAGCUUUCAAAGCUGGUGCUUCAGUACAACUUCACCAAUAUAACGCACUUCCUCAUAUCUUUGCCUUUAUCGCACAAAUACCUCAGACAGCUCACCUUUUCACUCAAUGGGCGCAGUUCUGUCGAAUGUGUGUUGAAGAGCCCCAAAAGAUAGAUUCCAGUCGAUAUUAUAUUCACGAACCUGUGGCGGGUCCGCCUGGUUUCAAGACUAUUCCUCGCGAUGUUGGUGACGGGAAGGAAUUCACGGAUUUGGAGUAUGAAGAGGUUCUCAAAUUGAUGGAUGGAAAUAAAAAGAAGAUGAAGGUUUGGAACGGACCGAAAACGAAGUCAUCAUUGUAA